AUGUCGAAUUCAGCAGCGUCCGCCGAAGAGCCACCGCAUAAAAAGAGGAAGAUGUCUCCGCCUCCGUCGAUGUUAUCGUCGCUGUCAGAUGACAUGGUUAUGAGCUGCUUGGCUCGAGUAUCGAGAUCGGACCAGGCGGCCUUGUCAAUGGUCUCCAAGAGUUAUCGCUCUCUAGUGGCUUCUCCUGAUCUCUACAGAACGAGAUCGCUAUUGAGUUGCGCCGAGAAUUACCUCUAUCUAUGCUUGCUCACCCCGCCAGACCAAACCCCACGCUGGUUCAUCCUCCGCCGUGGUAAAUCUGCGAAUCGCCUUCUGAUUCCGAUCCCUUCGUGGCAUUUUCAGCCUCCGGAAGCAUCUUCCGUGGUGGCGGUCGACUGGGGAAUCUAUGUUAUCGGUGGACGUAUAGAGGGGAGGCGCACUAAAGCUGUCCGACUCCUGGAUUGCCGUACUCACAAGUGGCACCGAGUCCCUUCCAUGGGAGUAAGUCGAGUUUCCCCGGCGGUCGGAGUAGUAGGCGGGAAGAUAUACGUGUUGGGAGGCUGCGGAGACCGGGAUUCUUCCAACUGGGCAGAGGUAUUCGACCCAAAGACUCAAACUUGGGAAUCUUUGCCAAUGCCGGAUCAGACGAUACGGUCUUACUAUAUCCACAAUAGUCUUGUCUUGAUGGAUGAGAAGGAAAAGGUUUACGCAGUGGAUGGAUUUGAUCAUACAUUCUACUAUUCGCCCAGUGAGAUUAAAUGGGGACUAGGGAAUACUCCUCCACGAAAAAAAACCAGAAGGGAUUGGUGUUACAUUGGUAAAUUCAUCUACUCCAUUGAUUGCAAAGGGAAUUUGUGUUGGUAUGAACCAGGGCAUUUAGAUUCUGAACAAGGGGAAAUGUGUUGGAGGGAUGUUAAGGGUUUGGGAUCUCUGAAAGAGAGUCUCUCUCGCUUCAGACUGGUCCCCUUUGAUAACAGGUUAGUGGCUAUGUGGGAGUCCGAAAAGAUCAAGACUGGUAAGGACAAAAAUCUCAUAGAUUUACUUCCCGGAGCGAGACUGAGCUUCUCUGGUCCCAAUAUUGUGCUCUUCUGGGACGUCGUCGAGGGGGAUCGUCUUGACAUUUGGUGUGCUGAGAUUUCCUUGGAGCAACGCCAAGGACCCGAGAUUUGGGGCAAUAUUCAGUGGUCUAAUGCGGUCAUGACCGUUGAACAUCCUUUCUUAGAUCGCUACAAGGUUUUGCAUUCUGUUUCAGUCUCUCUCUGA